AUGAUGUUCCCCGGCCUGAUCGCCCCCCCGGCCGUGUACCCCAGCCUGCUCCGGCCCACGCCCACGCUCACCGUGCCGCAGGCGCUGCAGUCGGCCUUCUCCGGCCAUUCCGGCUUCCUGGUGGAAGAUCUGAUCCGGAUCGGCAGCCCGACCGCCUACCUGCCCCGGAGCGCCCCCGCGGCCGCCGUGUCCCCGCCGGGCUCGGCGGCCCGGACGGACGCGGGGACCCCGGAGCUGCCCGGCCCCAGGAGGGGCUGCUCGCCGCAGGCUCCCGGCGGCGACUCCACCUUCCUCAAGUUCGGAGUCAACGCCAUCCUGUCCUCCGCGCCCCGAGCCGAAACCUCCCCCGCGUUGCUUCAGAGCGUCCCGCCAAAGUCUUUCUCGUUCCCGUACUUUGAAGGAUCCUUCCAGCCCUUCCUGAGAUCCUCCUAUUUCCCAGCCGCCUCCGCCGUGGUGCCCAUCCCCGGCACCUUCUCGUGGCCGCUGGCCGCCCGCGGCAAGCCCCGCCGGGGGAUGCUGCGCCGCGCCGUCUUCUCGGACGUGCAGCGCAAGGCGCUCGAGAAGAUGUUCCAGAAGCAGAAGUACAUCAGCAAACCCGACAGGAAGAAGCUGGCGGCCAAGCUGGGCCUCAAGGACUCGCAGGUGAAGAUCUGGUUCCAGAACAGGAGGAUGAAAUGGAGGAACUCCAAAGAAAGAGAACUCCUGUCCUCGGGCGGCUGCAGAGAACAGACCCUGCCCACCAAGUUCAACCCUCACCCAGACCUCAGUGAUGUGGGCAAGAAGUGCUCGGGAGAGGAGGAGGAGGAGGAGGAGGAGGAGGAGGAGGAGGUUCCCCCUGUGUGCCCGGCCAGCCCCCAGCACCCCCUGACCUACCACCCGUCCCCAGAACAUCUGCACCUGAGGGACAGACUGGACUCCCAGAUGUCUCCUUCUCCAUCCCACUCCAGCAGCCCCAGCAAGCCCUCAGACUUCUCAGACUCAGAGGAGGAGGAUGAUGAAGGGGAGGAAGAAGAGGAGGAGAUAACAGUAUCUUAG